CGAUCUCCAUCACCGUCGGGAGGGCCGUCGCUUCACGCAGGAACAGGACACUCUGUCUCUGAACUGAAGCACCCGGGCUAUCUUUGGUAAUAAAGGGGUCACAAAAACCUACCGGCUGAUCUUCCUGACCGUGCCGACGACGAUGAAGACGCAUGAGCGUGCUGCAAACUUGGCCCUUGCCGGUUUGAGCUUGGCGCCGCUGGUGAUCAACGUGAACCCGAACCUGAAUGUGAUACUCACAGCCUGUCUUACCGUCUAUGUGGGCUGUUACCGUUCUGUCAAGGCGACUCCACCCUCCGAGACGAUGUCCAAGGAGCACGCGAUGCGGUACCCUUUGGUGGGGAGUGCCAUGCUUCUGUCUCUGUUCCUGCUGUUCAAGUUCCUCUCCAAGGACCUUGUCAAUGCUGUUCUCACCGCCUACUUUUUCGUUCUUGGCAUCGCCGCUCUCUGCGCAACAUUGCUUCCUUCCGUAAAGCGUUUUCUUCCAGAAGGGUGGAACAAUAAUGAGAUUGUUUGGAGUGCUCCGUAUUUCCACUCGCUCUCGGUAGAGUUUACCAAGUCUCAAGUUGUUGCUUCAAUCCCAGGAUUUUUCUUCUGUGUAUGGUAUGCCAUGAAGAAGCAUUGGCUAGCCAACAAUGUUUUGGGAGUUGCAUUCUGUAUUCAGGGAAUUGAGAUGCUAUCACUAGGAUCAUUCAAAACUGGCGGUAUUCUCUUGGCUGGACUUUUUUUCUACGACAUCUUCUGGGUUUUCUUCACUCCAGUUAUGGUCAGUGUUGCUAAAUCAUUUGAUGCCCCAAUAAAGCUUCUGUUUCCCACGGCAGAUGCCGCACGCCCAUUUUCUAUGCUCGGUCUUGGUGAUAUCGUAAUACCAGGCAUCUUUGUCGCACUCGCCCUGCGUUUCGACGUCUCGCGAGGGAUCAAGAGCCGCCGAUAUUUCUACAGCGCGUUUCUGGGAUACACGGCGGGUUUGACAGUAACAAUAGCUGUGAUGAACUGGUUCCGAGCCGCGCAGCCUGCUCUGUUAUACAUCGUUCCUGGCGUGAUUGGUUUUGUCGCAGCACACUGUCUAUGGAAUGGGGAAGUAAAGCCGCUGCUGGAGUUCACCGAGGCGCAGGCUGAAGAGAAGGAAGAAGGUGGAGAUCCCGAUCAUCAGAGCAAAAAGGCUAACUAG